UCUGCUCCAACUUCAACGUCGACGGCGACGAUCAGCUCAUCAUCAACAAAUUCUCCGAGGAAGAGCUGUCGGAGAUCAUGCUAUCCCUCGUCGCCAAUCAUCAUCGUCAGGAGGAGAACUCUUUAUUCGCGACGACUCCCAACCAUUACGCCGCCAUGCCCAUAUCAUCAUCAUCACUUCAUGAACUUCUCAAUACGACAUCGUCUUCGUUCGAGUCUGAUCGCGUUUCAUCGUUUUCUCCUGAUCGUGAUCCCGAGGCGAUAUUGUUCAAUAAUAUCGGAAGCGGGAUGACUGACAAUGUUGAUGGUGGAUCAAUAACGGCGUCGUUUGGCGCGGCUACUAAUUGCUACCAUGGCCAGCAGCCGACGGCGGCGGCUAAUUACGUACGUGCUCCAUCGGCUGCGGCAGUAGCUGCUGACAUGGACAAUUAUUACGUAAGCAUGCAUACAUAUAGCUUUAAUUUGUCAUGGUUGAUGGAUUAUAUUCUUGAUCACGGGACGACGAAGAAGACGACGCAAUUAUGCAAUAACAGUAAUAUUAGUGCCGACGUGAAGGUUGGGCAAUACACGGCGGAGGAGAGGAAGGACAGGAUCCUAAGGUAUUUGAACAAGAGAAACCAAAGAAACUUCAACAAGACCAUCAAGUAUGCUUGCCGGAAAACGUUGGCCGACAGAAGAGUACGUGUGCGAGGGAGGUUUGCAAGGAAUAGCAGCAGCGAGGAUAAUAACCGACCAUACAAUGAAAACGACGUCGGUACACAUAAUGUCCAGCUGGUUGAUAAUAAAGCUGGCGGUGAAGAAGAAGAAGAUGAAUGGCUGCAAGAGGCUAUGGCGAGUCUAUUGUAUGCACCAUACAUUGCUGCAGGAUGA